GACACAUAAAUUGGCAGCCCUGCUUGCGUACCAAACUUUCCGGACGGACGCUAGAUGCCAGUACUCCAGUGUGACAUCGCGAGUGCUUGCAGUUUCUUCGAAGAAGUCGGGAAAAACGAAGGGAUUGCGGGAAAUUAAAUUUACGGUCCAUAUAAAAUCAUCAGUUUCAAAUUGCUACGUAUUGCCGUAGCGCGACGGUUGCAGACGUGAAAUUUGUCAAUUUGGCGCGUUUUCACGCAAUCGGAUUUCGCACACACGGUUGUCGCGCGAAUAUGUGCAGUGGAUCGAUGACAUUUGGUCGCUGAGACGAAGCGGAGCUGUGGCAUUUGUCGCGUUGAGUUGCAGGUGAAAUAGUUGUGUGACAGUGUGCAACGUUCGUGGGUACGUCCUCAAGGGAUUUUUCACGUCCGUAGACCAUCAAACGUGAGUUCUUGUUUACAUUUUCCAAAAAGUGGAAUUUUCUUGCCAUAUUUUUCAUCUUCCUCUAGUUUGUACGGCUCUAUGGCCAUCUCGCUCUGGCGUGGUACUUGGCUGAACAAAAGGUUCGAAAGGCUAUAGAUGGCGCAUAAGUCGCAGGUUGAUAGAAGCCGCACGUUGAUUGGCUGAGAAGUGUUUUGGUUGAUUGCAAGGAUUUUCAUUAGUUUUUUGUGAAGUUUCCCAUAUCUUGCCAAUUGCGAAUUAUCCUGGCCGAUUUUGCCAUUGAUGAAUGUAUAUUUCGCCUGGGAAAAGUGAGUUGUUCGCUUCAGAUGCGGCAGAAAUCGCUUGAAAAUUUCCUGAAGCGCCGUAAUGGCGGUUCAUCCGUCGACCAAUCACCGUCGAGCUUCUAAACGGUCGUUGAUCGAAUCGACGUCGACUUGCUCGCAUUCGCGUCUGAAUUUUUCGUGUGGUGGCGGUGCGUCUUUUUUCGCGCUGGAGAUUUUAUUCGAAUUUUUGACAAACGUCGUGCCCGUUUUUAACCCUCAGCAGAAAAUAAAAACAAAUUGCGUUCGCGGCGUUGUCUGCACCUGGACCCUGGUGCGGGACGAGUUCAAGUCGACGGAAAAACGUCAAAAGUGUGAUUUUCUCGGGGAUUUCGUCGCGCAGCCAGGCCAGCGCCAUUUAAUUGGAGGAAGAUUUCGAGGCGAGAAUCUCGCUCGCAGACAACUGCGGACAUCGGGCAGUGCAGUAAAUUGGAAUCGUCUUGCGAACAGAUUUUUUUAUGUCCAUCUGUCCACCACUAUCGGGAAAUAUGUGUAAAAGUAAUUUUAUAAACUAUUUAAAAAUUUUACUAAAAGACUGUGUCAAAAAACGGUAGACGCCAACUAUCAAACGUUAUUUUCGGAUCCAUAGAGUGCGCAUGGUUCAAGAUUAGUUGAAAUUAUUCAAAAUAAAGCCCUUUAAAGAUACGACAAUCUUUAAGAGUCUACAAGAAAAAAGUUCAUAAAAGUCAAAGUGAAUAGAAAAAAUUUUACCAAAAUCGAUAAAAACACCGACCGCAGUUAUGUCGGGUCGCGGGUCACGUAAACGCGGCCGACCGCCUAAAACAAUAACAUCGGAUCGUCCUAGUAAAUUCAACUAUCAGCUUAUGAAAAAACCAAAGUAUCUGACAAAAGGAUCUGAUUCACAAUUUAGUACACCAUCAGCAUCGCGCGCCUCAUCGCCACAAGGUAGCGAUGCAAGUAGACGAAGUGUAUCGCGUCCAUCAAUGAGUAAAUCGUCGUCGUCAACGGCUAGAGGUCGUGGACGACGCGGUGGUGCUUCCAAUACAUCGUAUAAUGCAUCGACAUCAUAUUCAAGAAAAGGCUAUGAAUCAGAAUAUCACUACGGUUCCGAUUUUGGGGAUUCAACGGACAAGAGCGACGCGGAUGAUGAUCCCUUACUCAUGUCACCAACUGACGACGAGAGCAUUGACAACGAUCAUGAUAGCGAUAGCGACUUUUCUGUAAAUAGUUUUGGCCCAACACCGAAUGGUGUUGGACGGCCGCCAAGACCGCCAAGUCCUGAUCCGAUUUGGUUACAAGAUCGGGAAGUCCCGACCCUUACAUUACCAUCAUCUUCUGAUGAUCUUCUCCUUUCCAAGGAGUAUACACUGCGAGCGGCUACGAUAUAUGAAGUUUUGAGAAGGUUUCGUAAUCAAAUCCGGUUGUCCCCAUUUCGGUUUGAAGAUUUUUGUGGAGCUUUGGUGUGUGACGAGCAGAGCGCUCUAUUGGCUGAAAUUCAUAUGAUGCUGUUGAAGGCGAUGUUGCGGGAGGAGGAUAUGCAAGCUACACAUUUCGGGCCGUUGGAUCAGAAAGACAGUAUUAAUAUUACAUUGUAUUUGAUGGAUAAUAUGACGUGGCCGGAAAUUUUAAGGAGUUAUGUGGAAAGCGAUUCGGUAUUUGAUAGAAAUAUUCUAGAAAUACUGUCAACACGCGAAUACCCCUACACUGGAAUCGAAGAUCGACUAACAGUUCUUCAAUUUCUAACUGAUCAAUUUCUUGUGACAACUUGCAUCCGGGAUGAUAUGCUCCAAGAGGGCCCUAUUCAUUACGACGAUCACUGUCGUAUUUGUCAUCGAUUGGGAAAGCUUCUGUGUUGUGAGACGUGUCCUGCCGUUUUCCACUUGGAGUGUGUCGAUCCGCCCUUAGUUGAUGUACCUAAUGAAGACUGGCAAUGUAGUAUUUGUAAGGCGCAUAAAAUUUCUGGCGUGUCUGAUUGUAUCUCGACUCAGGAGAAGCAAGGGAUACUUAUUCGUCAAGAUUGCUUGGGGUACGAUCGGCACGGACGCAAAUUUUGGUAUGUGUGUCGGCGGAUAUUCGUGGAAGAUCAAGAAUCGAAGGACAUUUGGUAUUAUAGUACAGUAGAACAAUUGGAGUAUCUGCUUUCGAAGUUAGAUGAAAAAGAGCUGGAGGCAGGUUUGUGUAGAGAAAUCAAUGACAUGAAAGAAGAGAUCGUCCGACAGAUGAAAAUCACAGAAACACUAACGAAUGAAAAUAAGGGUAGUAAAAAGUCUUAUUUCGAAGUAGAAAAUGAGAGGAUCGCAAAGCUUAGAGAAAGUGGCGAGUCUGAAGAUGUUGACGGAAAUCAGAAUUCAGAUUCAUCAGGCGAAACUGACCCCAAUAAAAGUCUUGUCGAACGGAAAAAUUCUAAUGCUGGCGAAGGGGACCUGCGCAUGACAAGAAACAAGCUGAGUCAAUUGUCAAAUGGAACUCUCUACUUCAAGUUGGCAAUGGAAAACGGAUUCAAAACAUACGUGAAUCAGUACACCACAAAUCCAAUAGCCUUGAAUAAACCACAGCGAAAUGAAGAGCGUGAUAAAAAGCGACAUCUUUCGCACAAGUUCUCGUUGACCACGGCAUCUGAGUUUAAAUGGACUGGAAUGCCGAAUGGGAUCAGUGAGACUGGAGUUAUAUCAGCGUUACGGCAAACUUUUUUGACAUUGGAGCAGGCAAUUGUAACGCCAUUCAUGAAUCCCAAUUGGCAAUCUCUAAGGAAAACAUGGGUUGCGGCUGUAACGGCGUGUUCCAAGCCAUACGAAUUUGCUUGUGUGUUAACCGUUCUGCAAACUUGUUUCAAAAGUGUGAUUUAUGCGAAUGUCUGGCAUGAACAAUUAGGUCAUACUAAACUACAGAGGAUAACGUCAGGUGAGCGAGAGGAAAAGAAAAAAUCGGAGAAGCGGGAAAAGCGUGAACGAGAUGAUGAAGAGGAACGAAAUCGAUUAGCAUACAAUUAUGUUAAAUACACUCUAGGAUUGAAACAUCAGGUGUGGAAGCAGAAGGGCGAGGAGUAUCGAAUUCACGGACAGUGGGGUUGGAUUUGGAUGUCAUAUGGACGGCGGCAAGUUCGCAUGCCAAGAGUGCUCGAUAAAAUGGUUCCCAAUAAAGUUAUGAUGCGCAUAAAGAAAGACGAUAUCGAACGAGUUAUAUCCGUCGACAGGCGAACACAAAUUGUCCUUAAUAGUUUAAAUGAAAAUUCCAAACCUGAUGACUUGGCGACCUAUGCUGAGAUGAAAAAUGUUGAUGUGCUUCCAGUUACUCAAAAAUUUGAAGAGAUCGAUGUUUCAAAGGCUCUCACAACGCCCGGGAGAUUGCUUUACCCCAAAAUUGCCAAAAAAUCGAAGCUUGACGAUCUCCUGUCGCGUCGAAUAAAGCUCAAGGAAAUGGAAGAGGACAGACUGACAUGUGGCGAGAAGAAAGAAGACGAUGUGGACGUCGUGAACGACACGACGCCGGCAACAAACGAUGCGAAAUUGGCAACACAAACCCAACAAUCUCCACAGCCGAUACAGUCCUCCCUCGAGAGAGAGUUGAUUCGUCUGUCAACCGGAUCCAAGCCGAAUCAAGCAUCAAACGUCAAUGUCGAAUUAGUAAACAGCUUAGCGAAAAAAAUCCAAACUGUUCGUCACCAAUUUGGUAUUCUUAAUCGGUUUGCCAAGUCAUAUCGAUGUUAUUCGCAGAGUUGUAAUACGAAUUCGAAUUCAUUGGCGCAAAUCAAUCAACAGACUUGUUAUUCGCCCCUUUGCCUGCAGAAAGCUCGUGCGAAGCGAGAAUUGCUCCUUCUCUUGAGGAAGGCUCACACCGCUGGGAAUGGCAAGGAGACGGUUGCCGCAAUAUUGGGUGCUGUAAAGAAACCCUCAAUCCUCGAGCAAAAGCUAAUGGAAGGAAAAAAUAAUGGGAACUAUUCGGUUGAUGAUCCUGACGACUAUCGCCAUUCGGAAGACACACCAACUGAUGUACUAAACGACUUUAGGACUGCAAUAGCAAACUCUUUCGGGUGUGAAGAAUCUCUAAUUGCGUCUUGUAUUAAAUUAACCAAAGAUGAUAUAAAAGUAGAACCCACCACAGAAGAUAAUAUUAAAAACGAGACGAUAAAGGAGGAAGUAAUAAAACCAGAACUUGAAAAUGACAAUGCAAUGGAAGUUGCCGGGCAUGAAGUGGUCGAAUCUGAGGUCACGAUCAAAACUGAGUCGGACAGCCCCAAUGCCAAACGUAUUCGCCUUGAAGAUGGUCUUGUGGAUGUAGACAGCAACCCACCACCGAGUAUAGACAUUGAGAGCUCAGAAUCACUGCCCGAUUUCAUGGAUGAGGACAGUUCGAGUCGGAAGUCUCGCAAAUCGCGGAGAUCUACUAGAGCUGCUAACUUGGACUACUCGAGGAACGGACAGAAGAACGGUUCCGAUAAACCCUCGAAUGAUGAGGCUUCCGGCGAUAAGAAACCUUUUCAAGCAAAAUCUAACCGAAGAUUUCCAAUUGGCGGGAAACCCAUUAAGCGGGAAGACAAAUGCAAAUUUGAAAAAGAACUGGCUCCGAACGGUGAAGAACGAAUAUACACCGUUACAAAUCCCCGCGGGAAGAUUUGCUUGAAGCAGAUUAAAGUCGAAAGCCGACUGACAAAGGUGCAAUCGCAGAAAGUGAACGUAAAAUUCCCUCUUGUGGCAAACUUCAAUACGCAUCGAGGAUUGAAGACAAUUAUGAUGUUGCCACGCCACGAGGCUCUGAAGCUUGCUCGUAUUGGAGGUAAGAUUGCUGUGGGGGGAUACCAUCACAUGGCAAAGAAUAAUACAUCCGUUUGGCCGUACCCCUGCUCGCGACCUCUAUUCAAAACUUGUUGGUUAUAUCGCAUGUCUAAUGCGCGAACACUGUCGGCGGUUGCACUGCAGUUCCGCAUUCUGUGGUGUUGUUUACGCUGGGACGAUAUGGUCACCAAGCCGCCUACGACUGACGGCAAACAUCAAAUCACUACCGAGACAGAAAUUGUUACUUUGGAGUUGUUGAAACAUCGACAUUUAGGCAAAUAUUCUGAGAAAACGCAAUAUUUGAGGCGGAAAGUUGUUAUUCCUUUGGAGCUACCAAAGACGGUUAGAGAAGUAACAUCGAUACGGUCCGGUCUUCGAAAACGCAAGCGAGCCGAAUCGCCUCAACAGACAGAGCCGCAAGUCACCGAAGAAUGGGUUGACGAAGAGAAACUGGAGUUAUGGGAAAUCAAAUUGUUCGGUGAAAAACAAGAGAAAACCAUGACAACUCGGACGGUAACUGGCAAGUUGCCGCCUCAAAGACAUAUUCUAGCUGAUACCUCAACGGGCAAUACACAGAGCAAUGCUAAUAAAACAAUCGUUACUAAAACAACUAUUGUUGUUGGGCCAAAGGCCACGCCAGAAGAAAUCAAAGAGAAGAUGGAGCAACAGUUGCGAAUACAGCGGGCAGCACAUAAUCAAAAACGGCAGCUGGAAUUGCAAAAGCAACAGCAACAAGCCGCUACUAACGCUCCCACUGUCAAGCCCGAUUUGCAAAGGGCUGAGGAGGAAGGAACUCUUCAAAAACCAAACAUCAUUGGAAAUCGUCGGGUUGUUGUGAAAAAUCCAGAUGGAACAACAAGAAUUAUUCAUCAAACCAUUUCUGCACCCACACCGAAAACGGCUGCACAAGGUGGGGUAUCCUCUGAUGCUUCAUCGACACAAACUCCGUCGGCACCGGCUCAACAUAAAGUCCAAAUUAUACGAGGGCCGGAUGGAAAAGUCAGCGUGAGAGGGCUGAAUCCCGGUCAACAGCUAAUUCAAAUGCCAGAUGGGAAGCUACAUGUUCUCACGACAACUCCAGGAGCUGCAAAUAAAACUGUUGCUUUGAAACCCGCCCCGACAGCAGGGAAGACAGUCAUUGCAACACAACCAAAACAAGUUGCAGCUUCGCCUGUGAACGCGAAUCGGCAGCAAGUAGUUGUAAAACAAAUUGUAAAACCCGUCGAGCAGAAAAAAGUUGUCACGCAAAAGAUUGUCGCUGGUGGUCAGAGUCAAAUUAUCACACAAAAUUCACAACAAAACGUCGUGCAGCAAACAGUUUCUGGUACAGCAGCCCAAAAAAUCAUCACAUCGACUGGCCAGAUUGUUUCUUCUCCUAGUGGCACUCAGAAAAUCAUAACUUCCUCUGGCAAUAUUCAACACCUUCUAGUUCAAGCAUGUCAGAAAGUUGUCGGGUCAAAUGUUCCUGUCCAGAAAGUGUUAAUUUCCUCUCCUUCGUCCCAGCAACAGCAGCAGCAACAACAGCAACAGCAGCCCGUCCAACAACAAAUCCUUGUACAAAAUGCGCAGGGUGUUCAGCCACAACAGCAAAUCGUCAUCAAUCAGCAAGGCCAGAAGGUGAUACAGCAAUUAGUGCAAACAGGAAAUCAGCAACAAGUCAUUCAAAGGAUAUUACUGAGUCCUGGUCAAAGACUAGUUACAACUCAGCAACCCAGUCAAGGCAAUUCUCAGCAGAUUCAAGUUUUGCAACAGCAGAUUAUUCAGCCUGCCCAACAGCAGCAAAUCAUCCAACCUCAUGUUGUUGUUCAGCCAGCACAACAGCAAGUGCAACAGCAGCAAGUCGUUCAAAAAGUUGUGCAACGGCAGCAACCGCAAUUGGUGCAACAGCAGGUAGUACAACAGCAAGUUGUACAGCAGCAACAAGUUGUUCAGCAACAAUCGCAGCAGCAACAGCAACCACAGACAAACAAUCAUCAAGUUGUCGUUCAAAAUUCUGCUCUAGCACAGCAGUUAGCGCAGGGUAAGCUGCAGGUCGCAAACGUUAAUGGUCAGCAGGUUAUUAUUCGACCGUUAGGCAACAAUCAAGCUCAAAUUGUGGCCCACAUUAAAACCCAAAGUGAUGGCAAUGCUCAUAUUGUCACCAAUUCAAAUUUCAUGGAAGGUGAAUCCACCACACCGGAAAUUCAAUCACCAGCAAAAGUAGUUGUACGACAACAGGCCGUACAGGUGAAUCCUGCUACAGAAUCAGUUCAGAAAGUGCAGUCUCAAGUGCAGCAGCCACCUCAGUUGCAGCAAGUGCAACAGCAGCAAAUUGUGCAGCAGCAGAAUCCUGGUUUGGCGCCGUCAAUAGAACAAUCACUUCUUCAGGGACAGCCGCCUGGAACAGUGAUAAAAUGUGUUACGGCGCAAGUUAUACAGACCGAUCAUGGUCCGCGGAUAGUUUUACAAGGUCUGACAGGGAACGAUUUUACACCGCAGCAAUUGGCACUGGUUCAGCAGCAAGUCAAGCAACAGUUGCUUAAAGCUCAAGAAUCGAGUGGAAAACAAGGUGUCUUAGGUCCAACCAAAAUAUACUUGGCUGUGCAGCCAUCACCGGCCGGUCAACAAGCUACUUCAGCGCAACCUCCUCCACUUGCACCAGUCCAACAAUCACCUCAGCAGCAACAAAUGACAUCCCCAACUGCAUUGCUAUCCCCAAAUGAAAAAUUCGAUGAAGUCCAAAAACAAAAAGUCAAUGGUGCUCAAUUGAACCCGGACGUUAAGAAAGAUAUUCAGAAAGUAUUAGUAGCAAAUAUCCAAAAGAAAGCUGCAUUACAACAGCAAAAAACGUUGCAGCAGCAACAAUCACCACUCAAUGAUCAACAGCAACAAUUUCAAACUCUACAAUCGCUUCAGACGCAAGACGGACAGCAACAAAGUGAAGAUAAAAUUGACCUAAAAAAUAACACAGAUCAGUCCUUUGUGAUAACGCCGGAUUAUAUUCAGCAAACUAUCAAAAAUGCUUUGAAACAGGAAAAUCUUAAUCCUGAAAUUGAAGAAAAAUUGCUUAAUCUUCAACGUUACCAAGAACGACAAAUGAAAACUGGCACUAACGAAACAAAUGUUUCUACAUUAGAUCAAUAUAGUGCAGUGGCAUCACCACCAUCACCUGUCAAAUCUAAUUCGUCACGAAAAAAGACAAACAGCCGUUCGAAUGAUGACGACGAGUGGGUACUGGAGACCCCUCGCAAGCGACCACCGCGCAAUUCGUCAUGUAGUACGUCGGAAAAGAAAAUAAAUGAAGUGACUACAUCUGUCACGAUGACUAAACCAUCCCCGCCAGAGAUACAUCAAGUGGUGGUGUCACCUCCUCCACAACCACCUAUGAACAACCGGCGAUUGGCAGCCAUUAAGCGAGAGAGCGAGAAAAAGAAACAAAAUUAUCAAUUAACGCAUCGACUUUAUCGUCAUAAGGAACUUCUGAAAAAGGAUAUUUUGAAGAAGAGAAAUUUACUGGAGAAAGAACUACAAAUUGAGAUACAAAAAGAGCUAGCUACUGAACUUUCGGCUCGAUCGAAAAUGGAGCGGGUGAAACCAGAAGAAUAUAAAAAUGCGGAUAAUACACCAAGUCAUAACAAAAAGAAAUCACCAACAAAACAAAGUACAAGUCAUAACGCACAAGAAACAACGCCAUCAACAACUGCAACCAAUCCAUCCUCAACAACAACGUCUUCAAGCUCGAGUCGAAAUCGAAAGAAUCCUAAAAACUCAGGGUCGUCAGGAAAGAAAAAGGAGAAACUUUAUUGUCUCUGUAGGACUCCAUAUGAUGAUACUAAAUUUUAUGUCGGUUGUGAUCUAUGCAAUAAUUGGUUCCAUGGCGAUUGUGUUGGAAUCACCGAAGAGGCUUCAAAGAAAUUGUCUGAAUUUAUUUGUGGUGAAUGUAAACAUGCACGUGAAACUCAAGAAUUAUAUUGUCUAUGCAAGCAGCCAUACGAUGAAAGUCAAUUCUACAUAUGUUGUGAUAAAUGCCAGGACUGGUUCCAUGGGCGUUGUGUUGGCAUUCUACAAAGUGAAGCUGAAUAUAUUGAUGAAUAUAUUUGUCCAAAUUGUCAACGAAAUAGUUCGGUGAAUUUUGCAAACAUGAAAGAUCUGAGUCAGAAUGAAUAUGAUAAUUUAAAAAAGUUAAUUAAGCAGAUACAGAGUCAUAAAAAUGCAUGGCCGUUUAUGGAGCCGGUGGAUCCAGAGGAAGCACCCGACUACUAUAAAGUGAUAAAAGAGCCAAUGGAUCUCCAGAAAAUCGACGAUAAAAUCAACUCAAAAAUGUAUUCUAAAUUGUCAGAGUUCAUCGGUGAUAUGACUAAAAUUUUCGACAACUGCCGCUACUACAAUCCAAAAGAAUCGCCAUUUUAUAAGUGCGCGGAAAGUCUCGAGGGAUACUUUGUACAGAAAAUCAAACAUUUCCGGGAAAAUCUGGUGGAUCAAUCGUAACUGUUGCAACAACAGUUUAAAUUUAAAGGUGCCACGGUGAGAAGGAAUUUAUGAUGGUCCCGUAGCAAUUGAAUAAGAGUAAAUCAGAAUACAAACCAUAAGAUGAGGUCUACGUGUUGUAUACUUCAGUCGCACACAACCCUUGUAUAGUUAAUCUAAUCUAUAGUUUCUCUUAACAUUGAAUUAUUUCAUUAAGUAUAGUAUAAUAUCGGAGACACUCUGCUACAUUUUUAAUAAUUAGAUUAAAACGAAAAGAGCAAUACUUAAAUAAUCCAAUAGAUGUCGUUGUAAAGUAUAUUUAAUCGUUCACAUUAAAUGCUGAUCGAAAGAUUUCAGUUUUUCUUGUUUCUAUCUGUUCCGAUUGAAAGUGAAUAUGAAAAUGUUUCAUUGGAAUCUAUUUUUAUUUUUACGACAAUAUCAUAAUUGUUAAGGAUUUAAUUGAAUUUUUAGUUGUAAUUAUUGUAUUUGCUAAUUUAAAAAAAAAUCUCUCUGGAAUAUUUAUGUGCAUUUUUCUUGUUCACUAAAACCGAUUACAAUUUUUAGUGUAGCCUGGAUUUUAUUUAAAUUAAUUUUAUUAAAUUAUCGCUAUUCCAUAUGAAUAAAGGUAAAAAGUUUGUAUAUAAUAUUGAAAAAUCACUUGGAUCUUUUUCUAUCCCAAAGACGAUUUUCUCCCUAGCCCCUAUUACAUGUGGAUCUUGUUUUUGUGAGGUUUUAACGCGGAGAGAAGCAACACGUAUGGCAUUAAAACGAAAUACAAGCCUUUGAUUUCACUUGUUCGAGGCAAGCAAUUUUUCUAUAAAAAUAGAAUUUAAGGAUGAACAUAAUUUAUCAAAUAACUGAGUAUUACGGGGGAAACAAAGAAACGAAUCAAAUUAGUGCAUCAUCGAAUUUGUAAAAACAAAAGCAUUUUGAGCGUUAGUUGUUCGAGAAGUUUCACAAAUGCGUGCAUCAUCUACAUUAGAAUAAAAAGACAUCUUCAUUUCGACUCCAUGCACCUUUCAUACACGCAUAUAAAUAUCAUAAUAUGAAGCAAAAGUUGAUAAGAACAUAAACCAUUGCAAAUUCAUUUUUUUAAUGAAUAACUUUUAGAGGUACUUAUAUUAGUUCACGUAGUCGAUGCAGUUAAAGUAGGGAUACAGACAUUUUAUGUAGAAAGAAAACCAGAAGAAAUAAACAAAUGUAUAGCAUGUUGAAGAUAAUUUAAAGUAUUUAGACUUUAUAAAUAUGUACAUAUAAAUCCUGUGAUAGGAUUUCAAUGGAAACAGAUAAUAUAUAAAACUUUUAGAGAUAAAAACCAUUUCUGCUCUUUUGUUACUAUCUGACUUCACAAUAGAACUUUGCUUUCAUUGUAAUAUUUUCGAUUUUUCCUUAUCUGAUUUGUAAUUAAAUGGAAUAUGCGGGAAAGAAUUAGCCACGAUUCGAUGCUUCCGUGAAAUAUUCUACUUGAUUUGAUGUAAACUGUAAAGUCAACCAAUAUUUGUUAUCUUAGACACAGGGAAUAAUUUUCAAGUACUUUUAACGUGAAUUUAGUCGAUGCCGUUUUGCUAGCCAUAACAUAUCCGUUUACGCAAUUUUCAAUUUGUAUUUAAUUUUUUAUGAUAUCGCUUUUUCAGUUGAUUGCAUUUUGUUGAUUCUUCUUUCAUGGCUAUUAUCUUUCAAGCCGGGACAUCAUAGUUUAUACGAUUUGUGAAUACACUCUUCCCAAUAUUUUUUUAUUAUACUUUCGAAAUUGAAACUCGCACCACAUAAUUAUAGAUUAAAGCUUACCUUUUGUAUAUAACGCAUAAAGGGCAAUACUAUUGCAAUCCUUCUACUUUUCUUCAAAGAUCUUUAAAAUAUAUUUUAUUUACCGACCAUUGUCAAAAAAAAAAAUUGCAGAAAAAUAUUUUCUUGAUAAGAAAUAAAGUUUAAUUUGUAAAACUAUUUUCUAGAUUGGAGAUUUUUGUAGAAAUCUGUAUAUAGCAAUUAGUGAGAAUUUAAUGCGGAAAAAAGUGUAAUAAGUGAUAAUCGCGAAAUAUUUUUCCCCUUCUUCUAUUGUAUAGAUUUAAUUUUUAUAAGUAUCAUUAGUUGAGGAUGAAUAUUAUGAUUAUUAUAGAUAUUUGCUAAUAUGUUUAAAUGUGUUAAUUUUUCAUAUAAUAUCUAAUAAAAAUAUUUGAACUCUA